AUGGCCGCCAUUCCCGCUCCGACUCUCAUACCCCGCGAAGAAUGGCUAGACGCCGACUUCGAUCUUCCGGAAGGUGCGCUGAUACAUGCGUCUUCUGAUAAAGACGAUGAAGACGAAGACUGGGAUCUCGAGAUGAACCUCUCCCGGCCAGGAGGUGCAAAAGCAAGAGCCGUCGUUGACGGAAUGGCAGCCCGAUUGGAAACCUCCUUGAGGCCCCCUCCGUCACAAGCGUUUAACAUACGUCCUCCCCUCUCACCGUUGGAUGUCGACGAGGAGGACGAUGAAGGCGUUUCCACCAUCAAAGUCACGGCCCUCUCUCACUCCGUCUUCGCCAAACCUAGCGCCAAACCGACAGCGGAUGUAAUCGACGAAGAUUUUGAGGAUGCAUUUUCCCUCCCUUCGGAUCUGACACAACUUUCGUUGGCACCUUUGUCUCUCAACCAUCGAUCCUCAAAGAACUCCCUUGAAUGGGGAGACAAAGACAACUCCUCAUCCUCGCAAUCUUCGGAUGCAUAUUCAACACUGGGGUUCGCAGAGGCGUCCCCUUCUUCGAACUCGACCUCUUCGGUGUCGUUACCCGAGAUUGAAACUGAGGAUGAUGACGACGGAGAUCAACUUGAAGGGCUUGUCAUUCCUGCAUCCUUAUUUGAAUCUAAACAAAGUGGUCGGCAACUCACCAAGUUGUUGGAGACAAAGAAAAAGGCCAAGUUGACUAGCACUCACCUUAAAGUAUCGGCUCCCAAUCCGGAGGAUGACUUUGAGACGGGUCUCAUAAUUGACGAUGAUGUCGACCUCAGCCCAAGCAGACUAAUGUAUAACGCCCAGCAUCAAUCUCAGCGCCAUUUCAAUCGAAGUAACAGUAUGCCUCCUCAGCGCCCCUCCACUUUACGGCCACCGUCUCGACACAAGCUCGAACGAGCCAAGUCUCCCGCCAACCCCCCCACAUCUUCUGCGAGGCAGCUUCAGAAACUCCGAUUGUCCCCUUCUCCUCCUUUGCUCCCACCCUCUAGGUCGCAAACAUACCAGUCUCUCUCCUCCGCUCUUCCCUCUCCCCCAUCCUCGAGUAGCUUCCUCUCUCCCAAGCCUGGAAGCCUGCGCGGUCAAAAGUCUCACUCUCGUCUCAAACCACCUACCCCUCCUGCAACAACACGGAAACUCACUCGCAAAGCCUCUUUGUCUUUUUUAAUGGAUUCUAGCUCCCAAGCAUCCGGUUCUGGCUUAACUGCUGAAAGUUCCAAACCAGCUCGUUACGAGGAACCAACGGCUGCGUCUCGUGCCAAGACUCACAAAUCCUCUACGAGUCGAUUGUACGACUUCACAGUUCCUCCUACUCGCCCAUCCACUCCAUCCUCUAAUCCUGCCGCACUCCGUUUAACUCUUCCUACUCAAUCCCGUCUCAAAUCAAGACCUGCGCUGUCACAAGUUUUUGGAGGGAACACUGCACCUGCAGCACAAUCACCGCCACCGCCACCUAUCCCUCCCAGACCUCCAUCCAGCGUCUCAUUACGAGCUGCAUCACGACUAUCAAACAACCCCCCGCCUCCCAGUGUUCCCAAAUUGCUUCGCCGACCCAAACGUCAAAGGACGUAUGGGGAUGGUACAGAACUUGAUGGUAUCGAUGAUCUACCCACAGACCGCGAGAAAGAGGGCCGUUUUCGAGUGCAGCCGAAAGCGAUUGGGAAUCGCAUACCUGGAGCCUCUUAUCCUAAUACCAAUAAGAGCGGCGAGAAACCGUCGGAGAAAGGAACCAUCAGGAGAAAGGGGAAACGGGAUGGCUCUGCUACCGACGAAUACCCAGUGGCUUUGGCUCAAUCGACCAAUACUUUACGACGUACAACAACGCGCAUUGAUUUCCUGCCGAAAUCAUCAGCUCACACUGAGAGCGAUGUACUACCCAAAAGGAAGAAAAAUGCUUCUUCCCCAUCAAACACCCGUCGGAAACCCACAUUAAUACGAAAUUUAGGCGGAACUGGUGGUCCAAAAGUGGUUGGGGACAUGAAAUGGAAUCCGCAUAGUCUUCGGUGGGAAGGUAAUGACCAGGUCCUUCGUGACUUUGAUGCUGCUGUUGGAACGUCAACGCGGCCAGCUCUCAUAACGCAGCUUACGGGAUCAUCGAUUGGCUCACCAGCUGGCUCAUUCGCAUCCGGUGCAAGGGUGGUCGGAAACAUGUUUUUCGACCCAGUACAAGAAGAUGAACCCGACGUCUUUGCCAAUCUCGCAGACGAUGAAGAGGAUGGAGCAGCAUGGGAAUCGAAGGGUGGCACCAUCAGGGCGAGCGUACACCAGCGAGUCUCCGAUGCAGGUAGUGCUAGCACUUCCUGUGCCAACUCUAGCGAAUCUUCGGACUUGCGUCUGGGUGCUCCAAGCCCUGCGCAUAGUCAUACACGGACUCUUUCAGAAUCAGGCAGUGAGCGAGGCUCGCGUGCUUCGAUGGUGGUGCGUGACGUGGAUGAAACCUUCCUGGAGAAAUGUCGAGACGCAGAAGAGCGACAUCGCGUGGAAAUGAAAGGCUGGAAAUCUACGCUCGCGAAACAGGACUUGUAUGCCAACCCUGAUCGCUCUCACCUUUAUGAGAUCAGGGCCCUUGCCACACGGAAAUAUUGAGGUUCUCUGUCUUUUUCUUUAUUCUAAUUAAACUUAUAUUGACGCUCCUUACUGUAUUACUUCGCCUUUGGUUCAUCCUACUACUACUAAGACUCAUGAUCAUUAGAGCCUUGACACACUCGUUUGUAAUCGAUACGGAAUAGAUCCAUGGAAAGUCU